ACAUGCCAGCCCCGGCAUCCCCCCACCCGGCCGCACUGUCCCUCUCCCCGCUGACAGCGCAGCUCGGCGCCGUAUUCCCCGCACACCUCCCCCAUGCUAGGGGGCAGCACUCCCCCAUCUCUUCGCGGCCUCGCUGUUCCUGUGUUUCCCCGGAAGCAGCUGCUAGGCCGGGCGGGAGCAGAAGUCAGAUGAGCCGCUAGCCGCUGAUCACUAGGAGCCGCAGGCCCGGGGCCCACCACGGGCGCCCCCCGUGCUCAGGUCUCCCCGCAGGCUCGGGCCGCCCCAAUGCCAGAGCAGGGUCCGAGGAUGAACGGCUUCUCUCUGGGGGAGCUGUGCUGGCUCUUCUGCUGCCCGCCCUGCCCGAGCCGCAUCGCCGCCAAGCUGGCCUUCCUGCCCCCGGAGCCCACGUACACGGUACGGGAGACGGAGGCGCCCCCGGUCCAGGCGCCGGCGCACGAGGAGCAGGGGGAGCCCGCGGCCGGCCUGCCUCCCCCCUGCAGCCUGCACCUGUCGGAGCGGGCGGACUGGCAGUACUCGCAGCGGGAGCUGGACGCGGUGGAGGUGUUCCGCUGGAGGACGGAGCGGGGCAGCUGCCUGGGCUGCAUGUUCGUGCGCUGCGCCCCCGGGAGCCGCUACACGCUGCUCUUCUCGCACGGCAACGCCGUGGACCUGGGCCAGAUGUGCAGCUUCUACAUCGGCCUGGGCUCCCGCAUCAACUGCAACGUCUUCUCCUACGACUACUCCGGCUACGGGGUGAGCAGCGGCAAGCCCAGCGAGAAGAACCUGUACGCGGACAUCGAGGCGGCCUGGCACGCCCUGAGGACCCGGUAUGUGACCUGCUGUGUGUGUGUACAUUACAUAUACGCUAUCAACCCUGAAAAUAUUAUCUUGUAUGGUCAGAGCAUUGGCACGGUUCCCACGGUAGACCUAGCAUCACGCUAUGAAUGUGCAGCUGUCAUUCUACACUCCCCUCUCAUGUCUGGCCUGAGGGUUGCCUUUCCUGACACAAGGAAGACCUACUGUUUUGAUGCCUUUCCCAGCAUCGACAAAAUUUCAAAGGUCACUUCUCCCGUACUGAUAAUCCAUGGAACUGAAGACGAAGUGAUUGAUUUCUCCCACGGCCUGGCAAUGUAUGAGCGCUGCCCGCGAGCUGUAGAGCCUCUCUGGGUGGAAGGAGCAGGGCACAAUGACAUAGAGCUGUAUGCGCAGUAUCUAGAGAGACUAAAGCAGUUCAUAUCGCAUGAGCUGCCCAAUUCCUGAGAGCUUCCUCUGGUCUUACCUCACUUACUGUGAACAGCAGAAACAACGCGUCUCAGAAGACAUGUCCACUAUGGUGCUGGGAAAUCUCUUAACAUUGCCCGAAAAUACCCUCACUGGGGUUGGAUUACGCAGAUCAAGCAUCCGGUGGCAAAUGUCUGUUUUUGGGGGGAAGGGUUUUGUUAUUUUUAAUUGUUAAUGUGCUGUCAGCUGCUGUAACUUAAUCUCAACUUGUUUAUUAGGGGCGUCCAAGAGGAUCGGGAGCCUCUGUUUUUCUAGAGCACAGUUUAUAUUAUGGAACAUGUUUACACAACAUUCAUUUGAAGGACCUCAUUCUACUGCUGGUUAAUCCCAUUAUAACAGCUGUGGGUCAACUGGAUCUAUUUGGAGCUGAUGUAGAAUUUUAUUUGGUAAUCUGUAUAUUCUACUUCAACUGAAAUUUGUUUUUUUUAAUGAAUUAAGAGGAAUUUUACUUGUUUGGUAAAUGUAUAAUGUAUUGUGAUGGAACAUUCUCUUAAUAAUUUGUAAUUCCCCCAUAGGGCUUACAUGAUGACGCUAUUUAUCCACAAGAAAUGAUCAUGUAUGACAGUGAAAUGGAUAGAGGUCAUUGGUACAUUAAUCAUCUAUCUCCGAAAAUAUUCUGAAUGCCACUCUUGAUCUUCGUGUAGCAAAGUGUAAUAUUAAAAUAAAAUUUCAAUGUGAAACUGUAGUACUAGGAAAAUGCUGCAACACCCUAGACCCUAUUUCUCUCUAGACGUUAUUCCAUAAGGCAUUCCAUUUAGGCAUUUUUUCAUUUAUUUUUUUAGUCCUUUUCAACACUACGCUCUUAUAAUUUUGUGUUGCUUAUUUUUUUUUUUUGUCAUUGGAUAUUGAAAGAUAACUGGCCCAUUUUUUUUAAACAACUUAAAGGGUUUGUUAGAUUUUUAUCCGUAAAGUGUUUUUUUGCUAGUAAAAGAUUUUUAUAAUGAUUUCUGGGAGAAUAAAAAAGAUCUGUAAACAUUUAUGAAGAAAACAAUUUUACGUCAGUUUAUAGUAUUUUUUUCCCUCUUUUUCACACUGGAAAGGCACAAACUAUAUACUUGGGUAACACUACAUGUUUGGGUCUGUAAAUGAAGUCCCUGGAGGGGAGUUUGGAGGCAUGGUUCAUUAUCCCUGUGGCUGAACAGGCGAACAUCCCUUUUCCAUGGUCACAGAGGACACUGUCUGUACAGUGCCUCUGGCAUUAAUGGGGAUUAUAUAUAUAUGCCUGACAUAUACUGUGAGUCUAGGAUUUGUUUUAUAAAAUGAACAGAAUAUGCUCUGAUUUGUUUCUUGUUGCUUGAGGACAGUACUAUGGUGGUGUUGGAAUAAAGAAUGCAUGGAAAGGUAA